CCGGAGAGUUUGUAUGGCCGUGACUUUUACGCAUUUUCAUAAAUUAUUGUCUUCCAUUUUAUUGAAAGUUUGUACAACUGCGUUUAAGUGGUGGAUUAACGUUUUUUGGUUGAUUUUUGUGCCGAGGGGGAUCUGCACCAUUUGCCAUGACGACGGACAAGGUCCAGGUUGCUGUUCGAGUGAGACCUGUCAAUCGCAGAGAGAUAGAGUUGAACACAAAAUGUGUGACAGACAUGGACAAGACCCAGACCAUUCUCUACCACCCUCAAGACACACCCCUUGAUGUGCAUGGUCGACUAGGGGAUGGAGGAGGAAGUGAGGGGGGGAGGGGCCGUAGAAAGGCGCCAAAAACAUUUGCCUUCGAUCACUGCUUCUGGUCCAUGGACAAGGAAAACAACAAGUUUGCAAGUCAGCAGAUGGUAUUCCAUUGCCUGGGGGAGCCUGUGUUGCAGGGGGCAUUUGAGGGCUACAAUGGCUGCAUCUUCGCGUACGGACAGACAGGCUCGGGUAAGUCGUACACCAUGAUGGGAACCGCUGACGACAAGGGUAUCAUUCCCCGCCUGUGUGACGCCCUGUUUGAGAGGAUAGUCAGACUGGAGAACGAGUCUACGGCCAUCAAGGUGGAGGUCUCCUACAUGGAGAUAUACAACGAGAAAGUGCACGAUCUUCUAGACUUGAAAGGACACAAGCAGAACUUGAAGGUUCGGGAACACAACAUACUGGGACCAUACGUGGACGGGCUUUCUACGCUGCUCGUUACCUCAUUCCAAGAUAUUAACAAUUUGAUGAGCGAAGGGAACAAAUCAAGAACGGUGGCUGCUACCAACAUGAACAGUGAGAGUAGCAGGUCACAUGCUGUCUUCAACAUCAUUGUCACACAGACGCUUACAGAUUUGAAAACUUCUGUCUCUGGUGAGAAAGUCAGCAAGUUGAGUCUGGUGGAUUUGGCAGGGUCUGAAAGGGCCCAGAAAACAGGGGCCAUGGGGGACAGACUGAGAGAGGGGAGCAACAUCAACAAGUCACUCACCACCCUGGGCCUGGUGAUAUCUGCCCUGGCUGAGUCAGGCAAGAACAAGAACAAGUUUGUGCCGUACAGAGACUCGGUGCUCACCUGGCUACUCAAGGACAACCUUGGAGGGAACAGCAAGACAGUCAUGGUGGCCACGAUCAGUCCUGCGGCAGACAAUUACGAGGAGACCCUGUCUACGUUACGUUACGCUGACCGUGCGAAGCACAUUGUGAACCACGCCGUUGUCAAUGAGGAUCCCAACGCAAGGAUCAUCCGUGAACUCCGAGAGGAGGUGGAGUUGUUACAGAAGGAGCUGAAAGAGGCACAAAGCCUGAAGGCACCUGACUUGAAGGAGAAGUUGGAGGAGUCUGAGAAGCUGCUGAAAGAGAUGAGGAAGACUUGGGAGGAGAAGAUGGCAGAGACGGAGCAGAUACAAGUGGAGCGUCACAAGGCUCUAGAGGAGAUGGGGGUCUCCGUGGAGACGUCUGGUAUCAAGGUGCAGAACAGUCGCUUCUUUCUGGUCAACCUGAACGCUGACCCCUCCCUCAAUGAGCUCCUUGUCUACUAUCUCAAGGAGCGCACAGUUGUGGGAUGUCCUAACGAGGAGACACGUCCUGAUAUCCAACUGAGCGGCCUGGGUAUCCAGCCAGAGCAUUGCAUCGUGGAGAUAGCAGACGCCCAGGAAGUGUAUGUCACCCCAGUGGAGGGGGCCAGGACGUGUGUGAACGGGUCGGUGAUUAAGGAGCGUACCAAGGUUGCCAACGGAGACAGGAUCCUCUGGGGAAACAAUCACUUCUUCCGCCUCAACACCCCCAUACAGAACCGCCCCCAGGCUAGCAUGCAGGAUGCAGACCGUACCAUAGACUUCCGGUUUGCACAGGAGGAGUUGAUGAUGAAAGAGUUUAGCAACGACCCCAUCUCUGAGACAAUACGGGCUGUAGAGAAACAGUACGAGGUUGAUAAGCAAGUUGCCCUGGAGCAGCAGAGGCAGAUGUACGAGCGACAGAUGCAGCAGUUGAGGUUUCAGCUGAUGUCUCCAGGCACCCCCUCCCUGCCCUUCCCCCCUGAGGACAUCAGACUGAUACCCUCGGGGGCGCAGAGUGCCAUACAGAGGAAGUACCAGCAGUGGGCACAGGACAGAGACAAGAUGUUCAAGCACAGCCUGUCUUUGCUCAGAGAGGAGGUUGUGAAGGCAAACGCCCUGGUACGCGAGGCUAACUUCCUGGCAGAGGAGAUGGGCAAGGAGACAGAGUUUCAUGUCACCCUGCAGAUACCUGCCGCUAACCUCAGUCCCAACAGACGGAGAGGUGCCUUCGUGUGCGAGCCGGCCAUCCAGGUGAAGCGACGCCUGCGCGGCAGUCAGAUCUGGUCGAUGGAGAAGUUUGAGAACAAGAUCAUCGACAUGCGAGAGAUGUACGAGGACAGAAAGUCGCAGGGGAGGCCACUCAGGGUAGACGACUCUGACAGUUCUGAGUCGGACGAGGGCCCGCCUCAGAAGGGGGAUCCCUUCUACGAGUCUUAUGAGAACCACAACCUGAUCGGAGUGGCCAACGUGUUCCUGGACUGCCUCUUCUAUGAUGUGACUCUCAACUACCAUGUACCAAUCAUCAGUCAGCAAGGGGAGAUCGCAGGCAAGCUCCAUGUGGAGGUAUCCAAGCUGGGUGGAGAUAUCAUGGAGCGAUUUGCAGACAUCAACUGUGAGGAUGACGAUGAUGAAAACGUCAGCACCAACACUCCUCUAGUUAUAAGGGUGAAGAUUCACGAGGCGCGGGGCCUGCCUAAGGACCUGGCAAACUUCGUGUUCUGUCAGUACAUGUUCUGGGACCAUGACGACGUGGUCAUUGUACCACCAGACAUCAACCCUGACACCACAACCAGUGAUGGACGCAGCACCAAGACUGUCAAGUUUGAGCAUGAACAGGAGUUCCGUGUAUUCAUGACAGAAGAGUUUGUAGAGUACGCUCAAGAGGGGGCACUGUCCAUCGAGAUCUGGGGUCACAAGGUUGUCGGCUUUGGUCAGCAGAGGUCACAGGUGGACACUGUCCAGCGGUCUAACUCACUCGUGGACAGGUGGCUGGAGGUGAGCAGGAAAGUGGAAUUGUGGGUAGAGAUCCACGAGGUCAACGACCAGGGAGAGUUCGCGCCUGUAGAGGUCAAACCACAGGCAGACGUCCCAAGUGCAGGGGUGUACCAACUCAGACAGGGUCAUGCACGGCGCAUUCUGGCUCGAGUCAAGUCAAAAUCGGACUCAGGAACUCUGCCACUCAUCUGUGACAGUAUAAGCUCGCUGUCGAUUGGCUGUAUUUGUGCGAGAUCGAGGCUUCAGAAAGGACUCGACUCAUACCAGGAAGAGGAUCUGAACACGCUGCGCGAGCAUUGGAGUGACGCACUUGCGCGACGCAAGACUUACCUGGAUAGUCAAAUACAGGCACUCAUGAACAAACAGGACAAGACAGAGGCUGACAGUGACAGAGAGAGAGCCUUGAUAGACCAGUGGGUGUCACUGACAGAGGAGAGGAACGCCGUGUUUGUGCCCGCCGCAGGAAGUGGCAUCCCUGGGGCUCCUGCCGACUGGGUGACCCCACCUAACAUGGAGCACCACAGGCCAGUCCUCUUCUUGGACUUGAACUCUGAUGACAUGACCACGCCCAGUGUGAAGGAAGGCUCCCAGGCCGCUGGCAUCAACUCCAUCCUGCCAAAGGAACAGUCGGUGGAUUAUCUCCACCUGGCUAACUUACGGGCCUACACAGAAGGGGACCAGGUUUGUGCUGUUGCCUCGUGGGACUCAUCCAUGCACGACUCCCAGCAUCUGAACCGCAUCACGGGCAACGAUAGUCGUGUGUACCUCAUCCUCAAGGUGGUUCUGCGACUGAGUCACCCUGCCUACAUGGAGGUGGUGCUGCGCAAGCGUCUGUCAGUCAACGUGAAGCAUCGCAACAUGAGCCUCACAGACAAGAUCAUGAAGAAAGUCUGGACCAGAGAGGAGAGUAUGUUGGCCAGUGGUAUAACAUUUGAUGUUGUCUCCAACAUUCCCAAGGCAUCAGAGGACCUAGAGCACAUGGAGAGCCUGGCGCAGAUGGCGGCGUCCCAGAACGAGGUUAGCGCGGAGGACGGUGAGACGUACAUCGAGAAGUACAUACGUGGGGUGUCUGCCGUGGAGAGCAUUCUCACCCUGGACAGGCUUAGACAGGAAGUUGCUGUGAAGGAACUUAUGGCCAAGAAGGGUCGUUCCCUGCACAAGACUUCUAGUGUGCCCAACAUACAUCAGUUAAUGACUACACCACCAAGACUGGAUGAGCGGAUGCGAUUUGACAGUAUCCAGGAUCUGACAUUCCACACCAAAUCUGCGGGCUCAACGCCAGCCCGCCCCAAGUCUUUAGAUCUGAAAGCCCCGUUCCACAGUGUGAACAUUAAAUCAGCCCUGAGUGCCCUCAGCCCCUUGGAUCGUCGUAGCAACGUGAAGCCCCUACAGACCCUACGGGAGGAGCAUCACUCCAGGGACCAGAAACAGCACCUACUUGACAGUGAGGAGGAAGACAACUCAUAUGGAGAAAGCCCAAGGUCCUCCAAACAGUCUUCCCUUGACGCCAAGAAGACACUAGAUUUGGAUGUCUCCCUUGAUACAAGCUCUUCCAAACAUGAGCUUCUGGAGACAAAAAAUGAUUUACUGAGUCUUAAAGAAGAAUUCGCUAAGCUUAAAAAGAGUAUAAUUGAGCCAAGAAAAACCAGUCCAAUAGCUGACGACUUUCAGGAUUUUGAGUCAUAUGAGAGCCAGCAGCUUUCUAAGCAGGUAGAAACAGGUAACCUGUCUGAAGUAGUCACCAAUACUGGGGAGGUGAAAAGAACAGCCAUUUCUCAUUCGGUGACCUGUGACAGUAUAACUGAAUGUCAAGGGAAGGGCACACCUAGUAUGACCUCUAGUGGAUAUGGGUCACAGGCUGUGUCCACCUUGACCUUGUCUUCUGAAGAUUCUCUUAGUCUCCGUAGCAACGAAGAUUCUGAAGGUCACGGAGGUCACAGGAAACCUGGUCUGGAGCAUGCCGGUAGUGGAGAUAGUGAUGGGGAUGAUGUGGGUCAGUUUCAAGGUCAAGUCAUGGUCAGUAGUUUAGAGGUCAGAAACUGUAUCCUCGGUGAUCAAGAGUUGGACCGGGAAGGUGUGACUGGAAUGCUCAGUGCAAGUAAUGAUACAAUUGAAAACAUGUGUGAGGAAGAUGCUGAUGAUAAAGACACUGAUGAUAGAGUGACCCUUGCUGAUGAUUGUUUUAAUUAUGAUGAUGAUGGCAAUGUGGACUUGGGUUUGGAUGAUAGUGAUGAUGAUGAAGAAUCCUCUGAAGUUCUGAAACUGCACAUCAGUGAAGAAGACCUGUCGAAAAUUAAAGAAGACGGGGUGAGUUUUGGUAAACAUGGCUCGGAUAUUGUGCAAUCUUUGAAUGCUGGUGGGAUGAAUAGGGACAGAUCAAAGGUUCCCACGGGUGUUGUUAAUGAUUCUCAUAUACAGUUGGGCAAUAUUAAUGUAAAUAAAAGUAUAGGAAUGUCUUCUGUUGAAAUUGAGACUAAAGUUGAACAUAAUAGAAGCGUUAGUGGUGAAGAUGUAGGAGAGAAACAUUUAAAAAGUGAGUCUCACAGUAGUAAGUUAGAUAGUGAAGAAAAAGUUGUUUUUAAUUCAAGUAGAAGUAGUGAUAGUUCAUCCAACACGUCUAGAGGGAGAAGGCCUCUGCACUCUGAAAGCAUGGAUCCGUACAGCAUGGAAGCAAUGGAAGAGCUGGAAAGACUUGGUGAUGAGUUCGGACCUGACAACUCGGAGUUUACAAUGAAUAUGACCAACACAAGUAUAGAUACAGAUGGGGACAAAAGUAAUGUAAAAGAUAAUAUUGAUUCAGGUGGUCAAGAAUUGAACGAUAGCUUUUCAAACUAUGAUCUUGCAAUGAGACCUGAGAAUCAUAGCACGCCGCUAGGAAAGGAUCGUAGACGGAAAGAAGGGACGAGAUCAGAGCCGAGACAACGACCGGUGUCCUGCAUCGUUACCUCGGAUACAAAGUUUUUGGAUUCCUCUUUGCAGGAGCAGAGCAAGCGUAGCAGUCUCACAUUCUCUGAUGAACACCUGUCAGAGGAUGGUAUGAGUGUCUGCUCGUUUGGUUCGCGCGCCGACCUUGACCGGCUGGCUGAGAUCCCAGUGCCCUCCUGGAUAGUAAUCGGAGAGAGUGUCAUAGUGACCGCCUCCAAGUCUGCCGCCCAGAUGACCGGGGUGGUGCAGUUUGUUGGCAAUGUGGAGUUUGCUAGUGGGCCCUGGGUGGGCGUGGAGCUGGACCUCCCUGAGGGUAAGAACAAUGGCUCUGUUCACGGCAUCCAGUACUUCAAGUGUCGGCCAAGGCACGGUCUGUUUGUGAGGCAUGAUAAAGUGAUCCUCGACAAGAAGAGGCGUGGGUCAAGGAAAAGUGCAGCGAGUCUCAUGUCUCGGAAAUCAACCGGGGCCGGGAAAUCAUCGCAAUCAUCCCCAGGGGCAGUGUCUAGUACGGGUGGGAAGCUGGGAGGGUCUUCUGUGAAGAGAAAGUGAAGCUUGGAAUGAUUGGAUAUUUUUUUUAAUUACAAGGGUCACAGUGUACAAAUACAAGUUUGGUGCUGUCACACAUAAUGGGUGUUACUGCACAGGGGGCCGUUUCAUAAACGAUUGUAGGACAAAUUUUAACUUACGAGAGAUUUUGUAAUCUUAAUAAGUAGACGAACUAGCUCGUCAUGCUUGUCAAAUAUAUACAGCGCUUGAGAUGCCAAUGUUAUUAAUUAAGUACUGAAAAUUUAUAAUCCUAUGAUAUGGACUUUAGCAAUUUUGUAUCUUCGAAAAAUGUAUGGUAUCGUAAAUGUGUACUACGAUGUUUAUUGAAACAAUCCCCUGGUUUUGAAGUAGAGAUAUAAGGAUAUACCCGUAGUGUUAAGCCUCUGUCUGGGAAAAAUAUUUAAAAACAUGUGCAUAAAAUGUCAUCCCAGAUUAGCCUGUGUAGUCAGCAGCGGCUAAUAAGGGAUGACACUUAUGGCUUAAAAUAGAUUUUCACUAAGAUGAGUCAUCCUUUAAACAAAAAUUCAAUUAAAGGGGAAAGUGCAGUCUCUGAUUAUCCUGUGCAUCUGCAUAGGCUAAUAUGGGAUGACACUAAUAUGGGAUGACACUCUACUAACAUGCAUGAACCUCCUUUAUCCCGGAGGGCCCCUUAACAUUAUGUAAAAAUAUUUACUCUUAUAAUAAUGAUGAUCGCUUUACCCAUUGGGCCUUAUAUUUGGUUUGAUAAUCUGCAUUUACUUAAUACGUUGUAUAAUGUUAAUAUUUAAAAUAAAUAUUCCUUUCAAAAUAAUUAAUUGUCUCCAUGACCAAGUGGGUGAUACUUAUUUUCAGUAAAAAUGUUCUUUAUGUCAUUUGUUUAUAGAAGGUAUCAAUAAUACUAAUGCUUUCUUUGUUAAGGACAAAUCAAUUGAAUUAAUCCAUCAAUUAAAGACACUCACAUGCACAUUAAGAUUAUUUCUGGGAUCAAUUACAGACACUCACAUGCACAUUAAGAUUAUUUCUGGGGUCCAACUCAUAUGUUUAAGAAUCUGUUGGUUUGAUGUUAUAGACCUAAAGGUCUUCCAAUAAGUUUGAAUUAUCUAAUAUUAAAGUUGAACUAUUUUAUUUUUUGCAUGGGUCAUUAAUUUUAAGAAAGAUGUGCCAUCACCAUGUCUGUAUGCUCAUAUUUGAGUCGAGUUCUGAGAAAACUGGGCAUAAUGCAUGUGCGUAAAGUGUUGUCCCCAAUUAGCCUGUGCAGUCUGCACAGGCUAAUCAGGGACGACACUUUCCGCUUUUAUGACAUUUUUUGUGUAAAUGAAGUCUAUUCUUAGCAAAAAUCCAAUUAAGGCGGAAAAUGUCGUCCCUGAUUAGCCUGUGCGGACUGCACAGGCUAAUCUGGGACAACACUUUACGCACAUGCAUCAGUUUCUUAGAACAUGACAUAUUUAAUUGGUGGUAUUACCUUGAUGUGUUGUUAUGUUGUACAUUUAAAUGAAGAUAUAUGGUCAAAAAGUUACCAUAUUUAUACUCAAAUAUAAAAACGUGAAUGCUACGUUAGAAAUGUACCAAAAUUUAACGAUUUGUCCCAUUAUGUUUAGUAUUUGUUUACAUGAUUGUGUGCAUGCACAAUUUUAAAGAGUUAAUCAAUUGUAUUCUAAUAGUUUUUAAAACAUGGUUAAUGGAAGAUUUUUGCAAAUGUUAAGCAACUUGAAGAGCAUAAUAUAGUUUUAGGUCUUCAUGUUUUGUGAUAACAUGUAUAUUGUCUAAUGUUGUAUUAUGAUUACCGGUACAUUAAACAAUCAUAUGGAACAAAUGCAUGUAUCAUUUUGUUUACAUGUUUAACUCUGAAAUAUGUAAAACAUUAACAGUACAUCAGUCAGAACAUCUAUAUUCCUUUGCUUGUUCAUGUACACGUAGGUAACAUUAAUAUGAUUAUAUCAUGAAUAGUUGGUUAAUUAAUUAGAUCUCUUUUUGGCACAUCCUUUUUUCCCCAGCCUCCAAUUGUUCAAUUGUGGCAUCUACAAUUAAUUCUCUAUUUUUGUGUGCUUCUUUUUUAUGCUUAAGUUAAAACUUAUUUGAUAAAUUUGGAGUGAUAUGUUUUAUUGAUUUUGUUAAGUUUGCAUGCUUCCUUUGAUACGUCAUUAUAUAAGUGAUUAUCUUUAUGUAUUGUUAGAUAUUUUGAAACGCUUAUUUUAUUCGUUUGUCAACAUAUCAUUUUUUAUGUGUUUUGUUCAAAAUUGUAUGGUUUUAGGAUGUUGAUUCAAGAUGUGAUUCUUAUUCUCGGAAAACUUGCUGCAUGUCUGAAAAUGUUGUCCCAGAUAAGCCUAGGCUCCGCCCAGAUUUAUCAGUUAAUACUCUGUAUAUAUGUAUAAUGGAUUUUUGUUUAGAAGGAACUUCCUUGAAGGGAAAAAUUCCAUAAUGGCAGAUAGUGUCAUCCCUGAUUAGCCUGUGCACACUACGCAGGCUAAUCUGGGACGAGACUUUACGCACAUGCAUUAAGGUAUGCUUUCCCAGAGUGCUUCUUAUAUCAUUCUAAGAGCAAAUAUUUACAUGAUUGUUGUGUAGGGUACACAUGUUUGUCAUAAUACAUGAUUUUUGUGUAGGGUACACAUGUUUGUCAUAAUAGAGCAACCAGUGUGUUCACAUUUUAGUUUACAUUGAUUCCCAGAGAUUCUUUCACUCCUUUCUAAAUUGUCAUAAAUCAGCGUUUGAUCAGCUGUUUUUCUUCAUUUCUUUGUGUCGAUAAUGUAUUGAGAAAAAAAAUGGAAAAUAAAGUUUGGAGUUUAUUAGCUCAUCUAUUUUUUGAAAAAAAAAUGAGCUAUUGUCAUCAACUUGGCGUCGGCGUCAGUGUCGGCGUCCUGUUAAGUUUUGCGUUUAGGUCCACUAUUCUAAUAAAGUAUCAAUGCUAUUGCAUUCAAACUUGGUACACACACUUACUGUCAUGAUGGGACUGGGCAGGCAAAGUAAGAUAACUCUGGCGUGCAUUUUGACAGAAUUAUGUUCCCUUUUUAUACUUAGAAAAUUGAAACUUUUGGUUAAGUUUUGUGUUUAGUUCCAUUUUAUACCUUAAGUAUCAAAGCUAUUGCUUUCAUACUUGCAACACUUACUUACUAUCAUAAGGGGACUGUGCAGGCAAAGUUAUAUAACUCUGACUGGUAUUUUGACAGAAUUAUUGGCCCUUUUUAUACUUAGAAAAUUGAAAAUUUUGGUUAAGUUUUGUGUUUGGGUCCAUUUUAUUCCCAAAGUAUCAAAGCUAUUGCUUUCAUACUUGCAACACUUACUUACUAAGACAAUCGGCUGUUUAUAUUUUUUGUUAACGUUGUACGCAGAGAAUUUACAGCAUUUGCAUAAAGUCCAGAUUGGCCUGCUUAAAUGUACGCACGGAAAUUAUAAAUUGAGCGUAUCUUGAUAUUUCUUAUGUGUAUAUUACGCUGAUACGCAGCUUAUCUAGAACGCUGGUACCUAGCAAAUUGAAUUUUACCUUGACCUUUGAAUGACUCAAGGUCAAAUUAUUAAAUUUAGCUAAAAUUGCCAUAACUUCUUUAUUUAUGAUUAGAUUUGAUUGAUACUUUGACAAAACAACUCUUACCUGACAUACCACAAUAGACUCCACCCAAACCAUCCCCCAACCCCCCC